GCUCUGGCUUCUUUGAUGACGUGUAAGUGUGCAGUGGUUGAGGUACCAUUUGGGGGUGCCAAGGCUGGUGUUAAGAUCAAUCCCAAGAACUAUACUGAUAAUGAAUUGGAAAAGAUCACAAGGAGGUUUACCAUGCAGCUGGUGAAGAAGGACUUUAUUGGUCCUGGCAUUGAUGUGCCUGCCCCAGACAUGAGCAUGGGUGAGUGGGAGAUGUCCUGGAUUGCUGACACCUGUGACAGCACCAUAGGGCACUAUGAUAUUAAUGCCCAUGCCUGUGUUACCGGUAAGCCCAUCAGUCAGGGCGGAAUCCACGGGCGGAUCUCUGCUACUCGCCUGGGAGUCUUCCAUGGGAUUGAAAAUUUCACCAAUGAAGCUUCUUGGAUGAGUAUUUUAGGAAUGACACCAGGGUCUGGAGAUAAAACAUUCAUUGUUCAGGGAUUUGGUAAUGUAGGCCUGCACUCUAUGAGAUAUUUACAUCGUUUUGGUGCUAAAUGUGUUGGUGUUGGUGAAUCUGAUGGGAGCAUAUGGAAUCCAGAUGGUACCGACCCAGAGGAACUGGAAGACUUCAGAUUGUAACAUGGAUCAAUCCCGGGCUUCCCCAGGGCAAAGCGUGAAGGGUGCAUCUUGGAAGCUGACUGUGACAUCCCGAUCCCUGCUGCCAGUGAAAAGCAGCUGACCAAGUCCAAUGCACCCAGAGUCAAAGCCAAGAUCAUUAGAAUGAUAAAAAGCGGUGAAGUCAUUUUGGUGGAGCACUGGAUUAUCACUCCUCAGAGUGGAGACAAAAUUGAAUUGAUCAAAAUUCUUACAGAUCUAAAUCAUUUUGAUUAUGGAUAUCCAAUUAAUACAGGGCCAUUUAUUAAAAAGACUAUGCUAUCUAGGAAUAAAGAGGAAUAUCCUCAACUUGAUAAAGAAUAUCUACAAAAACCAAUAGAUAACAUCACAUUUAACGGUGACAUGUUGAUGGCAAUUAUGGAUAUGGAUCUAGAUUAUUUCCCUGGCCUGAAGAAGCAUGCUUCCCCACCCCCAGUUAAUCACAGUGCCCUUCUGUAUCCCUUCUAUAUUUCCUUGAGUCCAGUUGAAGAACAUGAAGCUCAAAGAAAUGAAAUUAUCACCCUCAAAUUGAAUAGUACACAACUUAUAAGAAGGUACUUGAAACCAAGACUUUCUGUUCUAAAAUCUACGUCACAAGAAAUAGGUACUUAA